AUGGCCACUUCAAAAACACCAUCUCUAGCUACUUCUCUUCCUCUUCUUCUUCUUCUUGCUUUCCUCUUCUGUCUCUCAACCGCACACUCCUCCACCAACUCCAUCGGCAAAGGCUACCGUCUAAUCUCCAUCGAAGAAUCUCCAGACGGUGGUUUCAUCGGCUAUCUCCAAGUCAAGCAAAAAAACAAAAUCUACGGCUCAGAUAUCACCACACUCCGUCUCUUCGUCAAGCACGAGAACGAUAACCGUCUCCGUGUUCACAUCACAGACGCCAAGAAACAACGAUGGGAGGUUCCAUACAACCUCCUCCCGCGAGAACAGCCACCGCCGGUCGGAAAAGUCAUCGGAAAAUCAAGAAAAUCUCCCAUCACAGUCCAAGAAAUCUCCGGAACAGAGCUAACUUUCAGCUUCACCGCAGAUCCGUUCAGCUUCGCCGUGAAACGCAGAUCCAACGGCCAAACACUCUUCAACACGAGCUCAAACGGAGCCUCCUUCGGAGAAAUGGUGUUCAAAGACCAAUACCUCGAGAUCUCGACUUCUUUACCUAAAGACGCUUCGAUCUACGGUUUAGGAGAGAACUCUCAGGCCAAUGGGAUCAAACUCGUCCCGAACGAGCCUUACACUCUCUACACGGAGGACGUGUCGGCGAUUAACUUGAACACCGAUCUUUACGGAUCUCAUCCGGUUUACAUGGAUCUGAGAAACGUCGGAGGUAAAGCUUACGCUCACGCCGUUCUGCUUCUCAACAGUAACGGCAUGGAUGUGUUUUACAGAGGGACUUCGUUGACGUACAAAGUCAUCGGAGGCGUUUUCGACUUCUACUUCGUCGCCGGACCUUCGCCGUUAAACGUCGUCGAUCAGUACACUUCGUUAAUCGGACGGCCAGCUCCGAUGCCGUAUUGGUCUUUGGGAUUUCACCAAUGUAGAUGGGGAUACAAAAAUCUAUCAGUAGUUGAAGACGUUGUAGACAGUUACAAAAAGGCAAAGAUCCCACUCGAUGUUAUCUGGAACGAUGAUGAUCACAUGGAUGGUCACAAAGACUUCACGUUGAAUCCAAUAACCUAUCCACGUGAGAAGCUGUUAGCGUUCUUGGACCGGAUCCACAAGAUGGGAAUGAAGUACAUUGUGAUCAACGAUCCUGGUAUCGGCGUAAACGCAAGCUACGGUGUAUACCAACGAGCCAUGGCUAAUGACGUGUUCAUCAAGUAUGAAGGAAAACCAUUCUUGGCUCAAGUUUGGCCUGGUGCGGUUCACUUCCCUGAUUUCCUUAACCCUAAGACGGUUGCUUGGUGGGGAGACGAGAUCCGUCGGUUCCAUCAACUAGUCCCUAUUGAUGGUUUAUGGAUCGACAUGAACGAGGUUUCGAAUUUCUGCUCUGGAUUGUGUACAAUACCUAAAGGGAAGAUAUGCCCUAGCGGAGAAGGACCUGGUUGGAUUUGUUGCUUGGACUGCAAGAAUAUAACCAAGACGAAAUGGGAUGAGCCUCCUUACAAGAUCAAUGCGACUGGAGUCAAAGCUCCUAUCGGUUUCAAGACUAUAGCCACUAGCGCUUUGCAUUACAAUGGUGUUAGAGAGUAUGAUGCUCAUAGCAUCUAUGGCUUCUCUGAGACUAUAGCGACGCACAAGGCUUUGCAGUCUAUCGAAGGGAAGCGUCCUUUUAUCUUGUCUAGGUCUACUUUCGUUGGUUCGGGGAAAUACGCUGCUCAUUGGACCGGAGAUAACCAAGGAACGUGGCAGAGCUUGCAAGUGUCUAUCUCAACGAUGUUGAACUUUGGAAUCUUUGGUGUUCCCAUGGUUGGUUCUGACAUUUGUGGGUUUUAUCCGCAACCGACAGAGGAGCUGUGUAACCGUUGGAUCGAGGUCGGUGCGUUUUAUCCGUUUUCGAGAGAUCAUGCUAACUACUACUCUCCGAGGCAAGAGCUUUACCAAUGGGACACGGUUGCUGAUUCGGCACGUAACGCUCUUGGUAUGAGAUACAAGAUCCUUCCUUUCCUCUACACACUUAACUACGAAGCUCAUGUGACCGGUGCACCGAUCGCUAGACCGCUCUUCUUCUCUUUCCCUGAGUACACCGAGUGUUACGGCUCGAGCAGACAGUUCUUGCUCGGAAGCAGUUUGAUGAUAUCUCCGGUUCUUGAAAAGGGCAAAACCGAAGUGGAAGCUUUGUUCCCGCCAGGUUCUUGGUACCAUAUGUUCGACUUGACUCAGGCCGUUAUGUCCAAGAAAGGGAAGCGUGUGACUCUCCCUGCUCCGUUGAACUUCGUGAACGUUCAUCUUUACCAGAACACAAUCUUGCCCAUGCAACAAGGAGGGUUGAUCUCGAAAGAAGCGAGAACGACGCCGUUUAGUCUCGUUGUUACUUUCCCGGCGGGAGCUUCUGAGGGAUAUGCUAGUGGUAAACUGUUUUUAGACGAGGACGAGCUUCCGGAGAUGAAGCUAGGAAACGGACAGUCCACGUACGUUGACUUCUACGCUUCGGUUAGUAAUGGAAGUGUGAAGAUGUGGUCGCAAGUUAAGGAAGGGAAGUUUGCGUUGAGCAAAGGAUGGAUCAUUGAGAAAGUAAGUGUUUUGGGACUUACGGGAACAGGACAGGCUUCUGAGAUUGAGAUCAAUGGAAGUCCGGUGACGAAGGAGAUGAAAAAGAUUGAGGUAAGCUCGAAGGAGCAUAGUUAUGCGGUUGGUUUGGAAGGUGAAGAAGAGAACAAGAGUGUGAUGGUUGAAGUUAGAGGACUUGAGAUGCUUGUGGGUAAGGACUUUAAAAUGUCUUGGAAAAUGGGUGUUAAUGGUGCUUAA